CCGAGUUGGCUAGAGAGGAUGUGUUUCUCACUUUGCACCCGAGUUCGAAUUCAUCUCCUUAUAGUUUAGAUUAGAUUAAAGUUGAAUAUAGCUUGAAUACAAAAAGAUGGAGGGCUGGUUUGGCCUCCUAACUCAGUUUUUUCUCAUAGAUUUCUUAUUCAAAGAUCAAUCUUAGUAGACGUAUCAAGCCUGUUUAAAGAUUAAAGAUAUUGUUGUCCCAAUCUUAAUUAGGAUCGUUUCUUUAAUUAUUGUUCAUAAAGCUGAACCAAAUCACAUGACAUGACAUAGAAAAAUCGAUACCAAUGUGUCCACACGUGCUAGGAUAACUACAUAGUCAGCAGGAAAUUCCUGUUCAAGUUCCAAAAAUUUGCCAUUGGAUUGGUCAGAGGUUAAAAGAUGCACUAUCCAUUGUCGAUUGAGACUGAAAGUAGUGGGGAAAUGGGAAUCUCUUCUUUCUCAAAGCAAAUCCAUUUGCAUGCCUUUCUUUUAUUUUCCUGUGCAACCUUUCUUUAUAUCUUCACAGAAUCUAACCCAAAUUAGAAAUCUCUUGUAUUAUAUACAAGUUCCAAACUUUCACUCACUACCUCUCACCCAAAAACAAAUCACAACCAAGAAACCCUGCUAAAGUUUCUAAUGAAGAGAAUGAGCAUUUUAACUGUCUUCGCAAUUUUCUUCAUCAUUUCUAUGCCAAUCAAUGCAAUGCAACCUAACAACUAUGGCUUCCAAGGAUCCAAAACAAACUGCACCUACUCCAUUGAGAUUGAGACAACAUGUGCACAAUCUGCCGGAACCACGGACCAUGUCAGUGUCAGAUUCGGGGACUCUGAGGGUAACUUGAUCAUAGUGAAGCAUCUGAACAACCCUAAGCUAUUGUAUGCUCCAAAGGGUGGUUUGAGACGUAGGGGUUAUGGUGGGUUUGGACGAUGUGCCAAAGACAUGUUUGAGGCCAGUGGACCAUGCAUGAGCCAGUGGGUGUGCUCUCUGUACCUGAAGAAGGUCGGCUCAGACGACUGGCGACCUGGCCGGGUGAAGGUGCUUCAUCAACAAGAUGGCAGCCGUGUAGUGCCAGUUUCUUAUGUGUUCUAUUUUAGGACAUUUGUUCCAGAAAAUGUUUGGUAUGGGUUUAAUUAUUGUUAGUUUUGAUGGAUUUACUUAUUUGUUCUUGUUUAGUCUCUA